GAUGGACACUGACGCACAUUGGGGGAGUUUGGUGAGGAGGGAGGAGGGGCGAGAGCAUAGCGGAUCAUCAGCUCCAUCUGCAUGCAGAGAUGAAACCUGCAGCAAACGCGCACUCACCCAUCAUUCAAUUCCACCGAACGCAGCAGUGAGUGCAACGCUCAUCAGCGCGCUGACAGGCUGAGCUCUCCUUUGCGCUUCAGUCGUCCUGCUAGAACAGAUUUCGCAUUUGCUCUGGUCGUUGAUUCAGCGCCAGUAGGCUACUUUUGGAUACAUCAGUUGCUCAAAACGAUCUACUAUUAUUUACACAAUUGUAAUUGCUAUCUGAGGUAUUUAAAAAAGAUAUAUAUAUAUAUAUAUACUGUAGCCUAUUUGACAUAUUACACAUAACUGUUAGAUAUGUGGUGAUGACCGUCACCACUUUGGUGCACAAGAUACCACUGUGCGUAAUGGGAGGACAGGUGUAUCAUACUUUAAGUGGAAGCCACGGGGCAGAAUGCUGCCUUCCCAUGGAUUUUCACUGAUGCCCAGAAGUGGAAGUCGGAAUACUCUUGGCUGAAAUAACACCUUGUCAAAAUGGAGCUAAUGUGGCGUACAAUUUUCACAAUAAAAGGUGGGAUGUGAGAUUAGUGUCUUCAACCCUGAAACAGACCCAACCCAGCCCUCCUCUGUCAGCAUGGAUCCCUGGCCUCUCCUUCCGUCGCCCCCCAACCUCUCCCUCCCCGAGCCCCUGUACUACGACAGCUACUUCCCAGGGAACGAGUCUGACCUGGGGUCCCGGAAUGACACUCCGGACGAGACCCACCAGGCCUUCGACAAGACCAGCUCCGUAGUCAUCACCUUCAUCUACUUCACGGUGUGCGCCGUGGGGCUGACCGGCAACACCUUGGUGAUCUAUGUUAUCCUGCGCUACGCCAAGAUGAAGACGGUGACUAAUAUCUAUAUCCUGAACCUGGCCGUGGCCGACGUCCUCUGUAUGCUGAGUCUACCUUUCAUCGCCGUGCAGCUGGCCCUGGUCCACUGGCCCUUCGGCUCCGUGCUCUGCCGCCUGGUCAUGACUGUGGACUCCCUCAACCAGUUCACCUCCAUCUUCUGCCUCACGGUCAUGAGCGUCGACCGCUACCUGGCCGUGGUCCACCCCAUAAAGUCCACCAAGUGGCGGAAGCCACGCGUGGCUAAGAUCAUCAACCUGACCAUGUGGGGAGUGUCCCUGCUGGUCAACCUGCCAAUCAUGAUCUUCAGCGGUCUGAUGCCCAAUAAUAACCAGGCUUGGGCGUGUACCAUUGUGUGGCCGGAGCCUCAGGGGGCCUAUCAGACGGCCUUCAUGUUCUACACCUUCCUCCUAGGUUUCUUCCUGCCGCUCAUCGUCAUCUGCCUCUGUUACCUGCUCAUCAUCAUCAAGGUGAAGUCGUCAGGCAUGCGCGUGGGCUCCACUAAGCGUAAGCGUUCAGAGAGGAAGGUGACCAGGAUGGUGUCCAUCGUAGUGGCCAUGUUCGUGCUCUGCUGGCUGCCCUUCUACGUGUUCAACGUCACCUCGGUGACCGGCACCAUCGACACCACGCCCGUCCUCAAGAGCACCUUUGAGUUUGUGGUGGUGCUGGGCUACGCCAACAGCUGUGCCAACCCCAUCCUGUACGCCUUCCUGUCAGACAACUUCAAGAAGAGCUUUCAGAAUGUUCUGUGCUUGAAGAAGGUGGCGGGCCUGGAUGAGGCGGAGCGCAGCGACAGCCGCAUGGAGCGAACGCGCAUGGUCAACGACGUCACCGCGGAAAUGCACAACGCCGCGCUGCUCAAUGGCGAGCUGCAGACCAGUAUCUGAGUGUGUGUGUGUGUGUGUGGGCUGCUUGUGUGUCUCCUUGAGCAGAUGGACAGUGUGGAGCAGUUAGAAGGACUACUCAUAUUAAAGGCACUCUUCUAUAAUCUCCUGUAAGGCGGCCCAAACACCAGGCUUUCCCAAACUCCCCCCCCCCCCCCCCCCUCCCUCCCUCCCCGGGUGCAUCUUUUGGUUUUUGCCCCUAAGACUACACAUCUGACUCAAAUAACCAACUCAUCUUUAAUUAUUUUAAUUAUUUUAAUUAUUUUAAUUAUUUGAAAGAUGUGUGGUGAUAGGGCAAAAAAAACAGAGCGUGCACCCAGGCGGGACCCCGGAACCGAGAUUGGGAAAACCUGCAUUAGAACACAUCUGCCAAGAUCCGUCUCAGAAAAACAAAGACAGAGAUGGAAUGGAAGAAGAUGAAAAAGAGGUCUCUCAUGUUUCAUUGACAUGGAUUGAUUUGUACUGUCUUGAUCAGAAUAUGAGAAAGCACACUUUUGAUAACGCAUCUUAUUUAUUGAUCAGGAAAUAUGUUACUCACCAAGCCAGAUGUCCUCUGACUGAAGCUGGAGACUUUUGAGUUUUGCAUCCAGGAUCAUUGAUCAUUGAUUCUCCGACUUCAAACGAUCUUGAUGCUGUACAUAGACAUGGUUUUCUGUGAUGUGUUUUUGAUCUCCUUGUAAACCCCAGUUUAGCUUAGAUCACACCCCAUGUUAACUUCCCCUUGUUACUACCAUUCGUCUGUCGGCAGUUAUCAAGAUCAAUACUCUGAUUUAUAGUUGGCUCAACCUUUAGAUGCUAGCACGGCCAAACACACACACACACAUUCACGGUCUCCGAGAUGGGCUGUUCGUAUACAGUGUACAGUUUUUAAUCUGGUAUGACAUUUUCUCUUCUGCUGUCAGCACUAGUUGGCUUAAAGGUGAUAUGCUCCUAGCAUAACCAAGCUGUCGUGGUGCCAAUCUUGUUGAUACUCAGCAUCAGUUCCAUGCUGUCAGAGUGACGCUGAUGAUUUCUGAAUGGACAGUAUUGCAUCACUGAGGGAGCCACAUCUGCAGUGUUUUGGUUGGUAGAGAGAUGGGUGCAUUUCACCACCACAGUCCAAGGGCAAUGUUGUUAUCUCUCUAAAUGUGUACAGAUGGAGAAUCCAUGGUUCUGUGUGUGUGUCUGUGUACUUUCCUGCCUUCCUCUGUGUGUGUGUUUUCCCUGGAAGGCCUCACCAUGUUAGGGUGUGUGUGCGCCACUAUUUUCACAGCCCAUUAAAGGAAAGAUUCACCCAUUUUGAAUGUUAUAUUGUUUUGAUGCAUCUCUGAGCGAAGUUCUAUCAAUUCCCGGGGACAUUUCAUGUUUUCAUGUGUAUCUGAGCUAUUGCUGUUCAAGCAGGCAGAAAUCCACCCGGUAUGACGUUCUUGCUACACUGGAAGUUAAUAGGAAUACGACUUUUAGAUGGUGAAAACGUCUAUCAUACUUGUCAGAUUUCAAUACUGACCGAUGCCAUAACACAGGAGGUUGUCUUCUAUCUAAUGAGCCAUUGAUCAUAUUUUUGCGAUAUUCCUACCUCGAGAAAUGUUUAAUUUAACAGAGGGUCCACCACAUUUCUCCUAUUUGUCUGUCUGUUCAGUCCAGGAUGCAUUGCAUGAUGUCGUUGCAUGGCUAUUGAGAAUGUCAGACUCCACUUUGUGAGGCACAUCGAUCUGCAGGUUGAACAUGGUAAUAUAGUGAACAUUUUUCUUUUGAGGGGGGGUGAUUUUACAGCUAACUAGCUACUUUACAUGCUGAUAUUGACUUUGGUAUUACUGUGUGUAGCUAGCUACAUUUGCUAGCUAGCAGCCUACCAAGCUAGCCAGCCAGCCCAUAGAGAGAGUAUUGCAUUGUGGGUGUUGUAGUUGACUUGAGCUGCAACAGAUUUCCACAACGAUUUCCACAUGUUGCUACCAACCUUAACGACAAAAUGAAACAUUUGUUCACAAAAAAAUUGUCCUUGUGUAUUAGUGUUAUUUAACACAGUAAAUUAUAGGAAUUAAUGAUUCUCUUUAACAUAGUGACAUCAGGCAUUGUAAUUAGCAUCAUUAUGCCAGAGGCAGUUGAACUCUCUCUCUCUCUGUACAGUAGAUUAGGUAGACCGUACAUAGAUUUAACCCAAGAGGACGAGGGCGUAGGAUAAAGACAUAUAGGAUCAGGAGGAUGGAACCUCAGCCUUCUCUCAAUGUGUCGUUCAUUUGUGAAGGGCUAGAAGCUGCUAUCACUACCUUGUUCCUGCACACAAACACACAGAUACAGACUGACACAGACAAAGUCCCAGACACCUUGAGGAGAACAGGUGGUGUUUGUAUGGAGGAACUAUCUACACUCUGCCUCACCGAAAUGUACUUACAGGAGAGCAAAGAUGGCAGAUAUUAGAUAUCAGGUCAUACAUUCUUCUACAGUAAGCACCUAUUGUCCUCUGUGUGUGAGCAAUGUCUCUAAGUCACUUGUUUUCCUUCAGUUUGCAAACCGUAUGCACAGUGUAAAAUAUUGGAAAUGACAUGUCAUAAUUAGUUUGUUACAUGUGAGUUCUCAGAUGGAUGAUAUUUUAUACUGGUCUUUCAUAAUACAGGGCAGUGUGUGUGUGUGUGUGUGUGUGUGUGUGUGUGUGUGUGUGUGUGUGUGUGUAUUG